CGUGCAGCAGCGCGCGCAAUAUAUUUAAUCCGAUCCCAAAAACCAUCCGAAACGGAGCUUCAGCUCCUGGAAAAAAAGCAGGAAAGCAGAAGACGGUAAACCAAUCUGUCCAUCUUUCAUCCAAUUUGAAGCGUUACGAAUUUCGCGCCAAAAACAAUCCAAGGAUUACGGGAUACCAAUUUCAAGCUGAGAUUGCCACUCAGACUUUGAUUCAGUUUCAGUUUCGGUUUCGCAAUUCGCAAUUCGGUUUCAAUGUUGGAUUGUGUCGAAUCUUCAAUUGCAUAACUGCAGUAAUAAUCGCUUCGUGUGCUGUGCUUCUUUGGUUCAGUUCGCAGUUGCAGCCGGCAAUGCUCGAUGCAGAUGCAGCAGAUGCGGCCAUCGUAAUCCCAACCGCCUGACAAGGAAAACGAAAACGACUGGGAAAAAUAACCCAAGUGACUGUGAAAGUAACGAACGGCCAGACACAGAUUCAGAUAUUCAAUUACUAGUCUGCUGGUGCAGUGCCGCCACACAAUGAGAAUCCAAAUCUUGGUCCUGACACUCUUGCUGGGCCUCGUCUGCGCCCAGGCCGUGGAUGCGGGGGCCAAGAGCAGCCAAGACAGCAGCGGCAGUCGGGCGGCGGAAGACAGCAAGAGCUCCGCCUCCACGCCACUGGAAUCGGAGGCGACCAAAGACAAGCGACAGGUGAGCUCCAAGGAGACGCCUCUGUACCCCAACCACCGCAGCUCGGAGGCCUCUCCCUCGGGCAGCGAUGAUCCCGAGGAUGGCCAGGAGACCAUCUACGGCGCCAAGCCGAAUCAGUUCAUCAUCCGCCCUAUUGCCCCACAUCAGCACCAGCAACAUGAAUCGCACCAGGAGCCCCAGCUGAGGAACUUCGCGGCGGCCAAUUCCCGACCUCAUGCCGCCCAAUUGCUCGAACAGAGCCAGGAGGUGCAGCACUACGUGUAUCUGCAAGAUAUAAUGCGCCAUCAUCAGCCCAAGGCCCUGGUGGCCGCGGGUCAAGGCAAAGGUGCGGCCAGUGCGCCCAAGAAGUCAUCCACUCCAGUGGCCGAGGAGGAGCAGGAACAGGAGCAGGAGGCGGAGCAGCGAUACGCGGUGUCCAUUCAGCCACAGCCACAGCACCAGCAGCCACGUCCACGUCAGUAUCAGGGAGUGGGUCCCUAUCAACUGCCAUUGCCAUUGCCUGCUCCCCAGCAUCAGUCGCUGAAUCCUCACCAGCAGCAGCACCAGCAGCAGCAACAUCAGCAGCCCUACCAAGUGAUUCCCGAGGAGCAGUUCCUGAAACUCCUGGAGGAGGAGCUGCAGGCGAGGGCCUAUCAUGAUCAACUGCGCCAGCAGCAACAGCAACAUCAGCAGCAGCAGCAACAGCAGCAACAACAUCACCAACAGCUUGUGCAACAGCAACCGAAACAACUGCCUAUCCACAGUACAGCUGCCACCCACAAGGUGCUACAACAGGCUGAUCCUUCCCUGGGAUUAGGAGGCUAUCGCGAACGUUAUGUGGCCGAACAGGAGCUGGUGACUCCCACUUACUCCCAUCCCCGUGGCGGUCCUAAAUAUCUGCCCCUGCCUCAGUCGCAGCAAAUUCAGGAGGAAGAGGAACAACAGCAGCAACAGCAGCCACAACGUGUGCAGCUCCACAAACCUGGGCCUCAUCCCGGCCAGCAACUCAUCCAUGGACUGCCACCACAGAUUGCCUACUACCAACCACAGAUCAGUUACAAGACCCUGCCCAAUCAUCCGCUGGCCAAAUCCUCUCUAGAAAGUGAGAUUGAGAAACUGUUGGCUGCUAAUAAACCAGGACAAUCGUUGGCCUACGUGGACAGCAGCAAUGAGCAGGUGUCGAUACGCCAGCCACCUCCUCAGCACCCACCGCCACCCACCUCGCAUCCUGCUCUGAGGCAACCAAAGGCAUAUUUGGCCAGCACACCCAACUCCCUGCUGGAUGCGAACAACCAGCCAUUUAUCCCGUCGCUUUUCAAGUUCAGCAACUACCAGCAACCGACGCCCAUUUAUCCCACGCAGGAACCCAAGCGAUUGGGACCUGUGGUCUAUCCCACGCAGCAGGCCAAUCAGCCGCAGCCCUCGCAGUAUUACUACCAGGAGACCACGCCCACCGGGGCACCCAAACCAAGUCCCAUUCCCAAGCAGUACCACCGCUCGAAGCACUAUAAGUUGGCGUCGCCCACGAAGGCUCUGCUCUAUGCCGACUACGAUCGUCAGGGAUCGCCUUCUCCGCCGCCGCCAUCGAACUUUUAUCCCAGUCCGCCGGAUCCGAUAAAGCAUGCCCAGAGAACUCUGGCCGUGACACCCACAGCUCUGCCGCUCCACGCUGAAUAUCCCUUACCAUCUCCCUCGCAAUCCAGUAUCUAUGUGUCCCAGGGAACGGGCAUUGCCACGCCAUCCCGUGCCACGCCCACUACUGCUCCAAUUCAGAAGCUCCGGACUCUGGAUGAAGUGAAGCAGCUCAACCUGCCGCCUCCCAAUGGUAAGCCCCUCACACAGGCCGAGUUCCAGGCCCUCGUGGAUGCAGGAUACCCAGUGAAGGCAGUGCCCGUGCCAGUUCCCGUCCCGUAUGAGCAGUAUGUGAAGGAUCACCCGGAGUACCGCAAUCAUCCGCCCGUAGACUACGCUCACAUCAUGCGUUUGGCCACGCGGCAAUUGGCUGCCCAUCAGCAGCACAGAUCGCUGGGCGCUCCAUCGGAACCGUCGGUCAAGAUCCUGUCCACUCCGUCCGCCGGAGAGCUGCACCAACAGACGGCCACUGGAAUUGGCGGCGGUAGCAUCACGUAUUUGCAGCCCAUCGAGGGGCAAUCCCAUCCCCACACCCUGGCCCACGUCCAUGCGCUGCAGAAGAGGAGGCCGCGUGAUGAGCAGGACACCGCAGUGGCGGGCAGUGAGCCCAAGGCGGCGGCUCCCGAGGCGAAGCCAGCGAAGGCGAAGGUGCAGUAAACCCACGUCCUGUUUUAGUUAAAAUGUCCUUGCCUAGUUUUUAAGUAUUGUAAAAAUGUUUCAGCACUUCCUUAAUGUUAAAUUAUAA